CCAUAGCUGAGAAGCCACCUUCCUUGGGAAGGGCAUAAUUACAACCAAAAAAGUCUAGGCUAUAUUUUUAAUGAAUAUUGUCACAAAGACAGCUACAAAACUGCUUGUAAAUCAUUCCAAAAUAUGUUUAUUUUGAGCAGGUAACUCUUCCCGCAAAAAAUAACAUAAUAUAUAAUGCAAUCCUACUUUAAACCAAUCAGAGGGCAGAGAAUCUAGGACUAACCAAUCAGAGCUUAGAAAUGGCAUCAUGUGACCUCAUGCAUAUUCAUUAUCCUCAUUAAAAAUGGCUGCCGGCAAGCCAGGUCUCGGCUAGAAAUACAAAUUUUUACGAGCUACUAGCGGCCAAAAUGCAGCUUAUCUUUGACAAAUAAACAAAAUUUUGAUGAAAGAAGAAAGCAAGGAAUGGAUUUUUACCAAGGUCGGAAAGAGAUCACUGCAAGUAACAGUUUAGGAGUCCUCAGCUCUUAAAAAUGCGCUGACCAUGUGCUGACAGAGGGAAAUAGAAAGACUCCAGUCCCUUGUUGAAGAUCUCAGUAGGAAGAAUGAAGAGUUGAAGCAGCAGGUGCCAAACCAACCCAGCACAUCCGGUGGAAAGACCCAGAAAGGGAAGGGCUCUGACGUGGACAAACUCUUGCAGCUUACGUCCAAACUGCAGGACGCUACAUCGACAUACGAGGCUGUAGUGAGGGACAUGGCAAAACUGAAAGAGGAAAACUCCAUUCUACGAGAGAAGAACUCAGACCUGAGCAGAAUGAAUGACCAGCUACGGUUGGAAUUGAACAAGAGAACCCCACAAAAGUAUGGCAGGUACACCGUUGCAACACUGGAAGCCAAGGUUGCUCAGUACGAAAAGGAAAAUGCACAGUUACAGAGAGCUCUGGAAAGGAGUGACAAGUACACAGAGGAGUUGGAAACUCAGCUGGAGAACUGCAAGAAACACCACAACUUACAGAAUGAGCAAAGAAUAUCCAGAGAGAGAUCAAAGACCAAAACUCCCGAGUUGGAUGGUGAAGAAAAACGUCCAACAGAAAGAAAAUGGAACCAGGAGAAGCAUGACCACUCCAAGGAACACCACGUCUCUGUCUCCUCCAGCGAAAAAACCUGCCUCCCUGACCCCAAGCUCAGCCCCAUCUCCCAAACCCUGCAAUUUAUGAGGAAUCCACCAGGGGGCAGUAAUGAGCUGGUGCCCAGCUGGCUUCGUACGGAUCAGAAUUGGCCAGGGGCUGAAUCUGAACAACCCAAAGCCAGCGGAAACCAGCCGGACGGCGGGGAUAGCUUUAUCUUAGAACAACCAAGCCCACUGACCCCAGCAACCCACUUGAGCCACCUUUCCAUUAAGCAAAAGUCUGAAGGCCUUUCUCAGUACGGAACGGAUACACACACUUAUAACAGGAGAGGAGAAGAAGGCCAUAGUUACAAUCACUCCAACAGAUCUUUGAACAACUCUGCGGUGAAUCAAAAUGGAGGAAACUACGUAAGCAACGACAGGUCGGCAAGAUUUUCAUCGCCUACCGGACAGUCAGAAGGGUCUGUCACAAGCAGUGGGAAGGCAAGACGCAAGUUGAACCUGGGAAAUGAUGGAGACAAAGUGCGGAAGUCGCUGUUUCCUUCAAGAGAAGCAAACGAGAAAGAACUGACACACAGAAGGUACACCUCUCAAGAAGUUAGGGACGCUUCGACCUCCUCAAAUAAUGGUAGCUGGACAGACAAAGCUUCUACUUCUGCUUCUAACAGUUGGAGACAGAACAGAAGUGAGAGCGAUGGAAAGAAAACGGACCUGGAUUUGUAUGACAUGUCCCUAGACGCUAGAGAGAAAUCUGGACAUCUUGCAAACAGAUCUCACAGUCUUCCUUCUGAACAGAUGCCAAAGAACUACAGCAGCUUGGUUGAGAAGGGUAGGGAAGCUAGCAUACUGCCUGGCCCUAGUAGUAAACCACAUGCCGCUACCAGUUUGGAUGUUCGGGAUAGCACUGUGAGAGAUGGGAGGACCUCCCAAUGGCAGACUGGUAAUCCGGAGGGAUUGGAUGAGGAAGACAGGGAGGUCGCCUCCACAACAGCCAACCAGUCCCUGCUUGACCUUGACAUAACCUUGACCCCAAACAUGAAGGACGUUUAUUUGAUGAUGAAACAAGCCGAGAGGAGAGUAGGGGAGAGAAGAGAGGCGGUUGUAGAGCCGUCCGUUCCGCUGCACUCUUCACGUGAUGCUCGCGUAAAAUCAAAGCACCUCAAUGUUCCCGUGCCGCAAGAAACUUCUAGGCAGAAGACUGACGCAGAUCUUGAAUCGAAACCGAAGAUGCCUCGGUCAAAUUCAGCUCCGGCUUUUGAAAGCACAGACUUUCGUAACGUCGGCAGAAGUGAAAAUAUUUCUGAGAACCUGGAUGUCAAGAGUGCAAGAAGAAAUGCAUCUCAGUCCAGUUUGUCAAGGCAAGGCAAUAGUGCUUGUGGUAGUACAAGAAACGGUGUUGAAGACUCUGACAGAAGGUUUGAAGAAGGGGACGAAAGGUACACAAAAGACAAAGUGGCCAGGAAUAGAGGUUGGGAUGCAGAGCAUGCUGUAAGGCACACAAAGGCCAAUGCCAACUCGCAUCCUUGGGCCUUCAGGGAUUCUUCAAGUAGUUUCAGUACUGUCCAAGAUGACCAUACCUUCUCAAGAGGUAAGCUGACUCAAGAACAAUCUCGAGUACCUGAAAUCAAGAAACCCAUGCAUCCCACCAUGUUUGAAUGCUUUGGAGAGGGCUCAAGCAGUGGAGAUAGGGAUAGUACAGACUCUGACAUAGGAAGGUAUCAGUACAGGGGGCUUCUGGAUAGAGAGAGCGAGGGAGAGAGCUACAAGAAGAGAAAGGCGAGAGAGUCGUACUCGGCAAGUCCGACCAAGUCUCCCAAGUGGAAGUGAUUGAACGCAAUUUGCGUUAGUCUUGAACAUUCGUAACGAAUAUACAGAAUACUUCUUGAACUACCACUGACAGUGCUUCAUACCAUGUGGUGUAGGCAGAUUAAUGUUAGACUCAGUGCCACCUUUGAACCUGUACUUCCUGUCACUAUCCCAAAUGUGCCUUAAGCAAUUGGAUGCUGAUACCAAAACUUGGGACCAAUACCAACAAGACACCAGCAAGUGACUUCAAGUACAAUACCUCCUUUUCACGGAGGUAAAAACUGAUUGUAGGAAUAUCAAUUAUGAAUUUGUUUAGAACAAAUUCAUAUCUAGGGAUAAUCAGUGGAAGCUGGAUGCUUGUUUUCAGAAAGUUUUUUUUUACCAAAACUUGUAUAUAGAUAGGAAAUGGACACAAGUUACCAAGUGGCUGAAGUUCUUUAUUUUGACUAUCAACUUGUUGUACUUCUCACGCACAUUUUGUUGCAAUGUUUGAAUUUUUUGUACUUAAUACAACUGAAGUUGUAUAAUAAUUGUUUUCUGUCACGGGUUUUUCCCACAUAUUAUUCACAUUAUUUUCUUGUUUUCUUUUAUUGGUUUACCUCACAUACUAUUCACAUUAUUUCAUUGUUCACAAUAAUACCUUACCCACUGUGCAAAUUGCUAGGUUAUAUCACCACUCCCAAGUAUGUUGAUGGUAAUAGGCAAUGUGACAUAUGAUGUUAGAAAUGUGUAAUAAGGUUCGACUUAUUCCUUAGGUAUGAUAAUGUGAAAAUCAUAUUAAAUUGCUGAAUGGCAAAUUUUUGCCUACAAAUUGA